ACAAAGAGGUUAACCGACAUUGUUCGAAGAGGAAGGCUCAGCUAAUAUGGUCAAAACGGCGUGUACAUCAUCACAUCCCUUUUUGUUUCACCUCUUCUUCUUGUUUUACUUUCACUUCUUCCUUUUCUCUCAUCCAAUUGUAAAUAAGUAAAACUUGACUUGGUUCGGAUGUAUUGUCACUCACGAAUUUAAAAACAAAAAAUAUUUUUAUUUAUAAUAUAUUUAUAUAUAAAUAUUCCUAAUUUCAUAUUUAUUUAAUUAAGCAAAGGUGAUUCACCACUCUGUUUCUGUUGAGUUGGCUGCUACUUCCUCUUUUUUCCUUCUUAUAUUACUUCUUCUUUGACAAUUUUAAUAAAGUCCCUCUUUUAAGAAGUCUAUUUCAGACAUAUAUACCAUACCUCUGAUAACAUUACAUCAUUUUCUUCAAUAUUUGUUACGCAAUUCCUCUCUCUGCGUCUCUGUUUUGGUUGAAGAAGAAACCAGAGAGCCCGAACUGAUCUUGGUUUUCCGCGGCGAAGGAAAGAAAUAUAUAGUUGGAUUAGUCUGAGAUUGAUCGGCGAUCAGUUCAUUUUUAGCGGUACAUGUGCUCAUUAAAGGUGGCGAAUAGACAGGGCAGCGGCGACUAUGCCAGAAUUAGGCCGACGACGCCUAACACUUCUUCCACCGCUUCCGCUAAUCCUGACAUCAAUCCGUUCUUCCACAUGCAUCAGCAGCCGGAUUAUCUGCUGUCGGCGGUGGUGUCGCCGCCGCCUGCCCUACCGGGCCACGGAGAAUUCGGGGAGAUGUCGGCGAUGGUGACGGCGCUCACCCACGUCGUUUCGGGGCAGAGGAGCUUUAACCCCUCCACCGUUGAUUUGCCGUCCAGCUCCGACUCUUGGGAGGGGCAGAAGCGGCUGCGCCACAGCGACGACGGUGAGUUUUCAGAAAGGUUUCAUGGCGGGAUUGGAGAGUCGUCAUCGUCUUCAUCUGUUAAACCUGAACCGGAGUCCGUAGCUAGCGCCGCGACGCCAACCGCCGCCGAAGCCGAACCUCCGCAACUACUGGAAUCCACCGUAGCGCCGCCGGAGGAGGCCGGCGGAGAGAGGAGAAGAAAAUACAGAGGCGUGCGGCAGCGGCCAUGGGGAAAAUGGGCCGCGGAAAUAAGGGACCCACACAAAGCGGCUCGAGUUUGGCUCGGCACCUUCGAAACGGCCGAGGCUGCAGCCCGAGCCUACGACGAAGCAGCGCUGCGCUUCCGAGGCAACCGCGCCAAGCUCAACUUCCCCGAGCACGUAAGGGUGCUGCUGCCACCUCAGCCCUCGCAAAUAGCCUCGCGCCCGGCGGCGGCGGCGGCGGCGGCGGCGCCGUUUUUCCAGACAGCCGGCAGGGAUUACUGGGAGUACUCGCAGCUGCUGCAGAGCACCGGCGAUUUGCCGGCAGCGCAGACGAAUUCGAUGUUCGAUCAAAUGUUCUACGCUUCGUCGUUGGCCGGAUUGUAUUCAUCGUCGCAUCAAUCGCAACAUUCAUCGUUUUUCUCUUCCUCGACUUCCCAGCGUCCCAUGCUGUUUUCUAGCGGCCAAACCAUACAUUUCUCGCCGCCGCCGGGAAAUAAUCAGCAUACUCGCGGCGGUGGAGGUGGCAGUGAUGCUACCGACGUGAGUCAGACACCGCCGUGGAGUUCCGGCCACUAUCCUUCUUGCUCUAGUUCUUGAUCGUAUACUCUUCCGUUCUACAAAAUAUUGCACACUAGUAGUAGUAAAUAGUAGUACUACUAAUAUUAAUUGAGAAAGUAUGAUUAAAAGAAAGUAAAAAUGAUAAAAAAAAAAAUAAGUGCACUAUUUUAUGGGACGAUAUAAGUAUUUUAUUAUAAUUAUAAAUUUCUUCAUUACUUUAUACUCCCUCCGUCCCGGGCUACUCGCUCAUUUCCUUUUCGGCUCGGAGAUUAAGGAAUGAGUGUAUAGGAAAGUAAAAAAU